CGAAAUCAAUACCUGCGUAUAAUGAAACCUGUCAAGUCCAAACACCAAGUACCUACGUAUAAAAUCGACACGCCAUAUUUAUUACCUAGGUAUCAGACGGGCAACAGCACUCAUGUCUACUUGUCCGUUAGGGCAACGCUGGAACUGUCAAAUACAUAAAUGCAAGGAAUCGCCAUAGCAGCGGCAACACAUCCCGCCAUUGGUACAGGACCCUCAUUCGGAUGAUCGAUCUAGAUUCUAAAAUAGCCGGGAACAACUGACAGGUCGCCGCAAGCGCAGGAACAUAUCUCUCGUUAUUAUCACCCAUAUCUAUUUCCUCCUUCCCUCUGUCUCUCCGUCCCUCCCUCCCCCGUACAACAUCUUCUACCUCGAUGACGAGCCGAUCGGUGCCUCGGAGACGCCAAACUUUGCGAGAUUCGCAUGCCGCUUCGCGAAAUGGCACCGCUAUGACACCAAAGGUCAUCAAUGCCGGCCCUUCUCUCGAGAAGGCCGAGCUAUACGGCAUAGACGAUCAGCGGCCAACCUUCUCCAAAAUCAUGGGUCUCGCCGGCCGCAUCUUCAUUGAAACUAUCCCGCAAUGGCUUGCCGUAGGCGCAAUGCUCGGCUUGAUUUUCGGCGGCUGCUGCUCGAACGUCUUCGCUCUCGAGGCCAUAAUCAAGGUCGAACCAGCAAGUGGAACGCUUUUGACAUUUGUACAAUUCCUCUUCGUUGCCGUUACCGGAUACGUCUCGCAGUUCGACUUGACACGUCCGCCAUUUUUUAUCAAACCAAACCGAGUACCGAUCCGUCGUUGGCUAAUCAACAUCGUACUUUUUUUCAGCAUUAAUGUGUUGAAUAACCACGCCUUUAGCUACGAUAUAUCCGUGCCGGUUCACAUUAUCCUGCGGUCUGGGGGUAGCAUUACGACAAUGAUCGCCGGGAGCUUAUACGGGAAGAAAUAUUCUCGCAUACAGGUCUUCGCUGUUCUCUUGCUCACAGUCGGUGUUGUAACGGCUGCGUGGUCAGACGCACAAUCAAAGGGAACAAGCUCCGCUGAAUCCCGAGAGGAUGUACCCAAGUUCAGCACGGGUCUCGCAGUCCUCUUGGUGGCGCAGAUCUUAUCGGCCAUCAUGGGACUGUAUACUGAAGAGACGUACAGGAAGUAUGGACCGCACUGGAAGGAGAAUCUAUUCUAUUCUCACUUGUUAUCGUUGCCUCUCUUCCUCCCGUUUUCGCGCUCCCUGAUAAAUCAAUUCAUGCGCUUGGCCAACAGCCAGCCACUCCAGCUACCUCUACUGACCGGGCAAGUGAACCUCUCGACUGUUCCCGCCGCGGUACGGCAAUGGAUUGAGAGGAUCUACAUUCCUAGCCAGGUCGCCUAUCUGGCACUCAACGUCUUGACACAAUACGCCUGUAUACGAGGUGUCAACCUCCUAGCUGCUGCGUCUUCCGCGCUAACGGUCACGAUUGUGCUCAACAUUCGCAAACUGGUCAGCCUACUGUUAAGUAUAUGGCUUUUCGGGAAUCGUUUAGUCACAGGAACCCUAAUAGGAGCUAUCGUAGUUUUCUCUGCGGGUGGCCUUUACUCAUUAGACUCGAAGAAAAAGACAGUACCGAAGCCGAAAGCGACCGGCGGAAAAGCAGCAUAGUUAGCUAAGGUGUGUUGGGAUUCGAGAGCAUGAUUUGCUUUCCUCAUGAGACGCUCAAUACCAAGUGCUAUUAUUAAAUAUCCUACACGCCA